AUGAAGCUCUCAAUCUUUCUGUUCUCUCUUCUGGCUACAAGUCAAGUCACUCUAGCGACACCCACUCCAAUAGUGGAUGUUGCUGAACUUCCUUCAGACAUUGGUCUUGAGAUCCGAUCUCCUAAUCCGGCUCACGAGCCGCUGGCGAUCCUAGAGCAGAGGGAUACUAGAGUCUGUGAGAUACUCAAUCGAACGAUUCGUUCUAUUGGUACCAGCAAAUUCACGGUUGUCUAUAUCGUGAUGGGCUCGCGUCUUGCUCGACAAGUCUGUGAAUAUGCCGGUGGCAGUAGGUGUGAGGAAAUAUCUUAUAUAAUUUCAGACGGUCUCCUCUUGGCCUAUGUCGCUGCCGCCCACUACUCUGGAGCCAUUCCCGAAGGUCUACCGAGUAAGCGUCACGACGAUGAUUCCCAGGAUUAUUUCCAGUUGUGGGAGACUAUGUUGUCAAGUAGUGAUGAUAUCUCCUAUGAUUCUCUCACUCCUCUCUCAAAUUCCUCAGAUACCCUUCCCCUGGUUAGACGCCAGAAUGAGCCUUUACCAAUCCACAGACUCCAGAUCACUGGUUUCGCCCAUGAGAACUCUCCGAAGCAUGAUAUUAUCGCCAAUCACUAUAAAAAUGGCGAUACCGUCCUUCAUCUUCCACUUCCAGGAGGUAAAUCUGGUGCGAAUAGCACUGAAGGCCUUGACCUGAAGAAGCGGUUUGACAAUCCCGGGUUCAAGAUUUCGUUCACUACAAGGGGAAGAUCGAAACUCACCCAAGCCCAUCAAAAGUCUAUGGCAUUGGCUGGGGCUGCUACAUGGGCUGUCUAUGCGGACAACGCUAAUCACAAGAUGGAUGACUUCAUCGGUUUUGCUGAGACUGAAAAUUCGGCCAACUUCUACUACCGGAUCAUUCCGGAGCUGAGAGGAUUUGGAACUAACUACGAGACUGUUGAUGUUUGCGGAGGAAUGGCAUCGUACUUAUGA